AUGCUGCCCACCUUAUCUGCAUCUCUGUCUCUCACUGUUUUGGCUGUGUUUGUCUCGGUGGUUGGGUCCGCCAAACCUAAGGACCCAGUGGCACCAGGCAAACCAAAGCAGGGCAGCUCUCCUGUUGGGCAUGCCAGCUGGACUCUGGGGCUGCAGCUGUACAAAGCCUUGCGUAAGGAACCUUCCCCAACCAAUACCAUAUUCUCACCACUGCUGUUAACUGGGUCUCUUAGAGCCCUGAGUGGAGGCGCUGGAGGUUCUACAGCUGGUCAACUUCAGGAGCUCCUCAAACCCACUGCGGAGAAGGAGAACCUGAGAGAAGCUCUGACUGAUGCGCUGAAGUCCAUACGCGAGGCGAACGGAACCAGCUUCAGUUUGCUGAGUUCCUCAGCGCUGUUCUCCAAGCACCCCCCUGGUCUGGACCAGAACUUUCUGAAAGCGGCUCAGGCGCAGUAUGGUUUGGAUCACGUUCCUCUGGGUUCAGGGGAUAGACAGGCCAGCCGAGAGACCAUCCACCGCUGGGCCAAGGCUGGAAUGAGAGGGGUGGAGACUGAACAACUGAAAGAGGAGCUGUCGGACCAAUCAGGGGCUCUGAUUCUGGCUAAUGCACUGCACUUUAAGGGUCUGUGGGACAGAGCCUUUGAUGAAGAAAACCAAGACCCGCGCACCUUUCUGGGAAACAAAUACACCAAAGUACCCAUGAUGCACAGAGCAGGGGUGUAUCUUCACUAUGAGGACGUGGAGAAUAUGGUGCAGGUUCUGGAGCUGGGUCUGUGGGGAGGCAAGGCCAGUGUACUGCUGCUGUUGCCCUUCCAUGUGGAGAACCUGUCCCGUCUGGACGGCCUGCUCAGCCCUGCCCUGGUGACCAAGUGGCUGGGCAGAAUGAGUGAGAUGAGCGUGGCCGUCUCUCUGCCCAGAGUCAACGUAACCAGCGCACUCAGCCUACAGAAACAGUUGGCUGCCUUGGGUCUGAAGGACGCAUGGGAUCAGAAGACUGCAGACUUUUCUGGCGUGUCAGGAGGGCAGGGGAGGGGAAAGCUUCACCUCGGGGGUGUAUUCCACUGGGCCUCGCUGGAGCUGAGCUCUGCGACAGGGCGCCCGGAUGGACAAGACGAUGACGAACACGUGGAGAACUCCAAACUAUUCUAUGCUGAUCAUCCCUUUAUCAUCCUGGUUAAGGAUAACAGCACUGGGGCAUUGUUGCUAAUGGGAGCUCUGGACCAGACCAACGGGCCAGCGCUACACGAUGAGCUUUAA